AUGUCUCUCGACCGCUCUCCUUCAGCAGAGGACAGACGACGCGCCGAAAUAGUCUCCAGGCACCUCGACCCCGCCUACACCGCCCAACUCGAAGACGCAUCACCCCCCUCCCCUCCUCGCAGCUCUCACAUAACGCAAACCUCGCAGAGCUCCAAUGGCUCGGCACAGGAGCACGAGAGCUCUCUGAAACUGCAAGGAGGAGAUAUCCAUCGUGAUCUCUACAAAAUCAGUGAACGAGGGCGAGGGAGUCCAAUCCAAAGAGCGCAGACAUUCUCGCAUCCCCAGAGACCGAGCUUGGUGGAAACAGCUGCAGAGCAAAGAGAGCCUGGUGGUUUUCGACGUCACUAUGUGUUACAGCAGCGUGCACAGAGCUACGCUGCUCCGAUUACAAGGAACUUUGUCGCUUUUCUGGAUCUAUAUGGCUCCUUUGCAGGGGAGGAUCUCGCAGACUCGGACGAUGAGAAUGCGAUUGAGGAUGAAGAAGACGAAGAGGAACAACGACUAUUGGCAGGAGACGGACAAGAUGGGGAAAGAAGACCGCUGAUUGGGAGACGGAAGACUUCAAGAGCUGCUAGCAGGCCAGGUGAUGCCUCUCUCACCAGGACAUUCUUCUUGCUACUCAAAUCAUUCGUUGGGACCGGCGUACUGUUCCUGCCAAAGGCUUUUAAGAACGGUGGCUUGUUGUUCUCAUCCAUCGCCCUUGUGACAGUAUCCGCAGUCUCUUGUAUGGCUUUUCACCUCCUCUUACAAUGUCGGGCACGAUAUGGUGGAGGAUACGGUGAUAUCGCAGAGGCUGUGGGAGGCAAAAAGACACGUUCAAUCAUCUUAGCCUCGAUUUCCCUCUCUCAACUAGGCUUCGUUUGCGCGGGCAUCAUCUUCUUCGCCGAGAACGUGUACUCUUUCCUAAAAGCCGUGCUCAAAGCUCCAUCCCCGCUUUCAAUUAGAGCUCUCAUCGGAAUCCAGCUCUUUGUCCUCAUUCCACUAGCCUUUAUCCGCAACAUCUCCAAACUGGGCGGGGCAGCCUUACUCGCAGACGUUUGCAUCAUGCUUGGACUCAGCUACAUCUAUUACUUCGACAUCUCGACCAUCGCCCACGAUGGCCUCAACGACACCAUCCGGCUGUUCAAUCCCCGAGACUUCACACUCACAAUCGGAAGUGCGAUCUUCACAUUCGAAGGCAUUGGCCUCAUUCUGCCCAUCCAAUCGUCCAUGAAACAACCGCAGAAAUUCGAGAGGCUGCUCUUCACUGUAGUUUUGAUCAUCACCGUUGUCUUCCUAUCAGUGGGUGCUCUGAGCUAUGCUACAUUCGGCGACAAAACUACAGUCGAAAUCAUCAGUAACCUUCCGCAAGAUAGCAAGCUCGUCAACGCUGUGCAAUUCCUGUACUCUCUCGCCGUCUUAGUCGGGGAUCCCGUGCAACUAUUCCCCGCCAUGAGAAUCAUCGAAGGAACUCUCUUCGGCCACCGCUCAGGAAAACGAGAUACAAAGACGAAGUGGAAGAAGAACGCUUUCCGGACGGGCAUCGUGUGUCUUUGUGGGAUUAUAAGUGCAUUGGGGGCUGCGGAUCUGGAUAAAUUUGUUGCGUUGAUUGGAUCUUUCGCAUGUGUACCGUUGGUGUAUAUCUAUCCGCCAUAUUUGCAUUGGAAAGGUGUUGCCGAGAGCAAGUAUUCGAAGCUGGGAGACAUUGCACUAAUGUGUCUUGGGUUAGUGGCGAUGAUCUACACGACUGCUGUUACAAUUAUGCGUUGGUCUGAAUCGUAG